GCUUUUCAAGAUCUUCGUUUAUUUCGAGAGUUGAUUAAAGAUCCGGAAGUGACCAGGUCGUUUGAGCAUGAGUUGAUUUUCCCGGACGACGCGUUUACCCUCCCAAAGUCCCCACCGUGCUCGCCUAAUCCAUUCCCAGAGCAGAACGAAUCUACCGGUUCAGAUAUCGCCUCGGACGACACUGGGAUCCGAAUUCGCGCGGAAGGUCGUACACACCGGCGGGUACGGCUCAGUCCACAUGCGACACGAUAUGCUCCGACCCAUUUACGAGAAAUUCCGUUCUAUGUGAAAAAACACUAUGCACCCCAGGAGGCGGAGGAGGACGAUGAGGAUGAGGAAGAGGAAGAUGCUCUUGUUGUUGGUGAUUUGAAUGAAGAUAGAUAUUUGGGUGAUACAUAUAUAGGAGCUAGUCGAUUUAUGGACGAUCCAUAUGACCUUAAGCUUGCAUUACAUUCCCAAGAUGACCUAAUGCAUACCGAGCCAAUCAGUAUCACACAAGAUCCUCUCGUUCCAUUGGCCAGUCCACCUAAGACUCAACUGCGAGAUUCACCCGGUUCUCCACAGAAAGAGCAUCUUCGUUCUUCCCUGCGUAGUGGGUCGUCAACUGGUUUGGCAGCACCAACAAUUUUAAAACGCACACAGUCCGCCCUAUCCUCCACUGCAUCCGCAUCCACUUCUUCCGCAUCUGCAGUCUCUACUUCGUCUACCGUGACUUCGGGACCAACCGGACCGAAGUCAUCCCUAAGCUCUUCCCGUUCGACUCAAUCUAUUCCGCCUCGACGAAGCAGGGUCGUGUUUUCACGCACCGUGCUGGUUGGGAACGGGUCAGAAACUAUUCAGCUAAAUUGUCCGUCUGAAACGGAUGACGAAGAGGAUCGUCGCAGACAAGUAUUUCGACCAACAGGUAACUUUUCUGUCGAUGACUUGGUCAUCAACCGUACUUCACAGCCAUGGAUUCAGGCUCGAAAACCGGACGGUAUCGGUGGCAAAGAAUUGGUCUAUCCAACUCGAUCGACUAAAUCUCGGACAAGGACGGUUACUCGAAAAACCUACAGACCAUUGAAUACUGGGUCACUUUAUCGAACCUAUCAGGAACGCAUAACAAAUGGAUUCUCAGCCCCGGUUAUGAAAACGAUGACAUCGAGUCAUCCGGGACAACAACAUCAUCACAACUGUCAAGCUGCGCGUCAGGCUCUGAAAACAGUGUCCAGUACGAGCGAACUUGCGAAAAGAGAUGCCAUGUGA